UUCUGGAGGCUGGAAGUCCAAGAUCAAGGGGCCGGCACGGUCCGGUUCUGACGAGGGCUGUCUUCUGGGUUGUGGACUUCUUGUUGUACAGUGGAAAGAGGGUGAGAGAGCUCUCUGGACGUCCCUUUUAAACGGAACCAAUCUCAUCCAGGAAGGCAGUACCCUCAUGACCAUCUUCUAAGAUCAUCACCUUGGGGAAUUUAAGAAGUGCAACAUGGCCAGGGGCUGCCUCUGCUGCUUGAAGUACAUGAUGUUCCUCUUCAAUUUGAUAUUCUGGCUCUGCGGCUGUGGGCUACUUGGAGUGGGCAUCUGGCUCUCCGUGUCCCAAGGCAACUUUGCCACCUUCUCCCCCAGCUUCCCCUCGCUGUCCGCGGCCAACCUUGUCAUCGCCAUUGGUACCAUCGUCAUGGUGACAGGCUUCCUUGGCUGCCUGGGGGCCAUCAAGGAAAACAAGUGCCUCCUCCUCAGUUUCUUCAUCGUCUUGCUGAUCAUCCUCCUGGCAGAGCUGAUCUUGCUCAUCCUCUUCUUUGUCUACAUGGACAAGGUGAAUGAGAACGCCAAGAAGGACCUGAAGGAAGGCCUGCUGCUGUACAACACCGAGAACAACGUGGGGCUCAAGAACGCCUGGAACAUUAUCCAGGCCGAGAUGCGAUGCUGUGGCGUUACUGAUUACACAGACUGGUACCCGGUGCUGGGGGAGAAUACAGUUCCUGACCGCUGCUGCAUGGAGAACUCACAGGGCUGUGGGCGUAACGCCACCACACCCCUGUGGAGAACGGGCUGCUACGAGAAGGUGAAGAUGUGGUUCGAGGACAACAAGCACGUGCUGGGCACGGUGGGGAUGUGCAUCCUUGUCAUGCAGAUUCUGGGCAUGGCCUUCUCCAUGACCCUCUUCCAGCACAUCCACCGGACUGGGAAAAAGUACGAUGCAUGAGUGGGCUGACUGGGAGCACCCCAGCCCUGCCCAGACACUCUGUGGAGGGAAGAGGAUUGAGCUUUGUGUCGCCUGCCUGCACUCUCCAGACUGUGACCCUGCACCCACCCACACCCUGCCCUCCCCUGCCCACUGCCUCAGCCUCAGACAUCUGGGUGGGUGGAGGACCAGAGAGGAGGAGGCUCAAGGAGACCGGGGCCACAGGCACCCGCAUUCCUGCACCUGCAUCUGUGUAUUUGCCAAAGACGACGGGGUGGACUGGGGACAUGCUCAGGAGGAGCCCCCGGCAUGGAUGGGUUCCUGCCCCCCACCCUUCCUCACACUGACUUUUGUCCCUGUGUGGGGUGGGGCCCGGUGGAGAGACUGCCCCAGCGGGGGUCACUGCUGUCCACGGCUGCCGUGGCAAGGUUGGUGGGGGUGGGGUCGGACUGCCUUUAAGCAAGGCCCCUGGAGCAUCUUGCCCAGGCUUUUUAUACCUUUACAGUGUAACUUUUUUAUUUUAUUUUACUCUGAUUAUGAUUAUUCAGGAAUAUUAUCUCAGAUAAGUUUAGGGUUAGCUUUCUGAUUUAUAACUUUUUACUGUGUUGAUUUCUUUAAUGGUUUGCUUUUUUCCCGAGGGUGGGGGGCGGGUGGGAAGAAAGGACAUCCGUCCAGUUUCGUUCGGGAUAAACCACUGUGUGACACCCACAAGGUUCUCGCUCAGAAUGCACUGAAGAGGAAGGAGCCGGCAGCAGGGUGUGGGCCCUGCCUGGCCUGGCGUCCGUGGACAGGUGCCUGGAAGUGGCAGGUGGAGUGUGGCAGCGUGGAGGGGCAUCCUGCACCAGUGGUGGCAUUUGGAGGGGGUAUCCUCUGGGGGCUGGUGAAGCACCUCUCCACAAGGGCAGCCGGAGCCAGCAGGUCCUUAGGCUUUUUGCUGAUGGGCAGUUUCUGGUGUUUUUCCUUCUUCCUUCCUCCUGCUCUCUGCUGGUGUGGGAGGCUUCCCCUUCUCCCCAUGCGGGCAUCGUUCCCGCGACAGGUUCUGCACACCCCAGUUACUCUCACAGACAUUCCUGCUAGAAACUCUCAGACAAAUACCUCUCUAGUUCAGAUGCUGCUCACUUUCUCACCUUGCUUCUGGAAGGGGAAGCAGUCCUGUGUUCUGCUGCAGAGGACCGUGACCAUCAGGAGAGGGAGGUGGAACUGGUGCCCGCCACUCCCUGCUGCCUUCACUGGGCUGCUGCUGGGAGGGUAGGAAAGGUGUCAUCCAGGUCCCAGGACCCUCUGCACUUUCCCCGGGUUCACUGACAUCAGCAGCAGUGGGGUGGGUGGCAAUUACAUCCUGCGUGAUCCUAAGGAGAAGUACCAAGAGCCCGAGAGAGGAAGACAGACUGGCUCUUGUCAUGCAGUCCCAGAGGAGAGCAGCCUGAGUCAGGAUGUGGAUAGACUGGGCAUGGGUGGUAGACGACAGUAUUCAGCUGCAGCAGGAUGUCGUCCCCUCUCCCCCUAACCAGUGCGGGUCCAGUUUAAUGUUUUGUAGUUAAGAAAAGAGUCAAGACCGUGUGGGACUGAGCUUGAUGGGGUCAUCCACUCACUACCCGGGGUCCAGCACCUUUUGCUGGAUGUGGCCUCAUGUGGGGCUUUCUCCUGACUCCUUUGGCUUAAUACUCUGGUUAACUCCUAGGCCCAGGUCUCUCCUCCAACCUCCACCUCCCUGUCCCAAGAGCUGAGGCAUGGCCACCCACCUGCCAGUGACUCCUCCCUCCACCUAAGUAACAUACAAAUUGGGACCAGGAGGAUAAGACUUUUGGUGUGUCCAGGAUUCACGUUUUUGAGGGGUGGGAGUGGAGAGCAAGGUUGUCUUAGCAAGGCCAAGUAAAGAUGGCAUCCCUGAGUGGGAGCAGUGGUGCUGAAGGAGGCCUGGGGGGACAGGUGUUGGAUGGAGCACAGGGCAGGAUAAAACUGCCUUCCUCUCAUCCUCUGGCCUGUUGUCCUGGUAAGGAGCUUCAGCUGCCUCCCUGGGAACCCCAAAAUGCAGAUUCCAGAGCAAACAUGCCACUGCAGAGAGACGCUCAGCAAACGAGUGUUCGAGUCGCACAGUGGGACCUGGUACAUAAUGCAUUUUUGCCCUGGGUGGGCUGUGGAAAGUUUGUUUAUGCCAAUCAAUGCAAUUUUUAAUUUUUGUUAAUGUCAACAGGAAAAGCCUAGUGCACUUGGAGGUGGGUAGCCUCCCUGGCAAUCUUGUUUCUGGAGUGCCUCUGGUGUCCUCUGGCCCCAGAGCCUUUGCCACAGUUCCCUGCCUACGCCAGCCCCCACCUCACCCGUGUUGUUUGCAGAGCCUUGCCCACAGCUCCCAGAACUGCCUUCUCACCUCAGCCUGUGCUUGGCUGUUUGUCAUUUGGCUGAGUCUACACUGGGCAGAAGUCGUGCACAGGGUGGGUAUUUGCCAAGCCCCUAGGCCCAUCCUGCCGACUGGUCCUCAGCCACACAGAGGGCCAUACCCAGUGACACUAGUGAAAGUGGCUCAGAAUCUUUUCUUGACUAUGGUUUCACUAGGGCAGAAUUCCACUGGGUGAAUUUGUUCGCUCGUGGCCUCCCUUUCCAAAGCCAGAGUUCAUUCAAUCAGAUCUGAAGCAGGCAAUUUACAGACUUUUACCAAAAGUCUCUUAGGGUUUGUACAUGACUUCAGGGGAAUGUCAGAUACAGACUCAGCCUUUCUCUGCAGCCAUCUCACAGAGUGGGUGAGCAGGCAAGGGCUGAGAGCUGCCCUCGGGUGGCUGACAGUAGGUGUCAGGGUGCAAGCCUUCCCCUGUGCCCACAUGCCCUCAAGCUGGAGCAUCACCCCUUCUGCGUGCACCCUGGGCUUUUUGGAAAGGCUGCCAACCCCAUCCCUGGUUUGCCUUGGAACAAGGUGCCGUCCUUCCAGGCUGGCGUGGAAGUGGAGGUGGGUGGCAGUCCAGGUGGAUGGAAGUGACUGUCCCCUCCUCUCCGGCCCCCUGCCCACCCACUGGUGGAGGUGCUAACUAGCAGGGACAUGGCAUAGGACGGGAGCUAGGCACCAGGUGCUUGGGGUCCUUUCUUGUCCCUCAGCCCUACAGAGUCCAGCCAGCCCCUGUGUGUCCCUGUUCUCCCCCGCUCCUCACCACAGUGAGGCAGCCAUCAAGGGUAGGUCCUGGGCUCCCUGCCCACCUGAUGCGGGCAGGGCGGGAGAGAGAGCGGGGAGCACAUGCUUGUUGGUUUCAGAUGCACUUUUCUGCUUGUGAUGCCGUAUCUGUGCAUUUCCUUCAUUCUGGUCCUGGCUUUAUUGAACACCAUGUUUUUAGCAUGUUUUUAAAUAAAAACUGAUAACACAUCAAAAGCA